AUGCAAGGCAGUCAAGGCGAACCCGAAAACACAUCCGCACCAGGACAGUUCAUGCUCGAGGGCCCAAAUAAGAAACUGGUGCUCGUGGGAGACGGAGGAACAGGAAAAACCACGUUCGUAAAGAGACACUUAACGGGUGAAUUCACGAAGAGAUAUAUCGCAACAGUAGGUGCUGAAACGUACGUUCUCCCCUUCUACACGAACUAUGGACAAGUGAAUUACACCGUAUUCGACACUGCAGGGCAGGAGAGAUUCGGAGGACUAAGGGAUGCCUACUACUACGGGGCUGACUGCGGUAUUAUCAUGUUCGACACAACCUCCAGAAUAACGUAUAAGAAUGUGCCGAAUUGGUACAGAGAUCUGCGCCUGAUUUGCCCGGAUAUUCCCCUCUGUCUCUGCGGGAAUAAGGUCGAUAUCAUAGACAGAAAAGUCAAGCCUGCGAAUAUGAAGGAUAGAAAAAUUAUGCAGAAUAUCGUAUACUUCGACAUAAGCGCAAAAAGUAACUACAACUACGAUAAGCCUUUCCUUUACUUCACGAAGACGCUGUACCAGAAGCCGGACCUUUUCUUUGUUGCAAAUUCGGCUCUCCUGCCCCCAGAGGCGGUGGUUGAUGAGGAGCUGGUCGAGAGAUUUGCUAAGCUUUCGGAGGAGGCCACAAACCAGCCAAUUCCAGACUACGAAUAA